AUGCAUCUUCCUAUGGAUGCUGUCGCAUGUAAGGUAAUCGGCCUGUAUCUCACGACGCUGGGGCUCACUCACUUCUGUUCUUCCCAGUGUGUUGAUACUAGACAUUUGAACUUCCAGAGAAAAGAAAACUCCUCCAUUGGAGAUGGACAUGCUUUUAAGAUUUUGUCCAAUGCUGACAUAUGGCUUUGCAUGGAGUUAUGCUACAAGUAUACACUGUGUCGCUCAGUUGAUUGGGACCGAGACAAAACUACAUGCAGAUUAAACGUGAGAUCCGCCACCGAUAAUCCCAGUUUACUUGUGACCAAACAACGCAAUAUCCAUGUUGACCGGGAACAUUUUCCAGAGAUAGUUGCAGGGGAUUGCCUACAUCAUUCCUGUAAUAAUGUAUCCAUUUGCAUCCGCGGUAAUUGUGUUCCUACAUUACAAGACAAGACCUGUGGGCCUCUCCCCGCCGUCCCUCACGCCGAAGGGACUCUCCCUUUCGGUCCCUUUCCUGUAGGACAUACCCACAACUACACAUCGUGUUCGAUCGGCUACAUGCCGUCCGGUGACCCGUACACUUCCUGUCAGGAUGAUGGGAAAUGGUCGGACAUGACCUUUGAAUACAAAGGUUAUUUGAUAAAUGGCAAGUUUCUAUUUACAUGGUACGUACAUUCUCAAUAA